UCUCAGCUCCACUUGAAGUCUUAGUGGAAAAGACUACUUCCAGCUCCGUACAUUUAUCUUGGAAGCCGCCCCCGAUGCCGAAGGGCCUGAACCUGAAGCUUUUUACCUAUUCCCUCAUACUCACUCCUCUCACACAGUACGGACAUGGGUUAGAGAAAGAAUUCUCGUUGCCGCCGACUGUGACUUCCAAAGAGGUGGUCGGAUUGACAGAGAGCACGAGAUACGCUGUCCAACUAUCGGCUGUGUACGGGGACCCCACGCAGAGGCUGAGCCAUGAUAAGCUGGUAAGGGUGUCUGCUCCCAAAUUCACAAUAUACGUACCUCCAGAGGUCCAACAAGAUAUACCUGUUGGAGACGAUGGACUUCCAGCCGGAGAACCAGUCUGUAACUGCAGCGAGACUGGGAUGGUCGCAUGCACUAGGAGGCCUGGCUUUAUGGAAUGUACUUGUCAUCCAGGUUAUGCAGGCACUUGGUGCGAGGAGUGUGCGCCUGGAAACUUCAGGGCAGGCAAAGAAUGUGUCGUGUGCCCAUGUUCCAACCUCACAUCCACAGCAGAAUGCAAAAUGGAGGAAUCUGGUCAAGUUUCAUGUGUUCAGUGUCUACCUGGUCAUCGAGGAAGUUUGUGCACAUCCUGUACUGCUGGAUAUCAGUGGACUGAAGACAAAUGUAUGCCACUGAACUGUCUCAGCAACAGCCUAUGUGCGGAACAAAGAAACGCUCCCGGCUGCGAAGACUGCAUUUUCUUAGAAAAUAAGUUUCCUACGACAGCUCACAGAAGCAAUUCAGAUCGCAGUAUUGCAGAUGGUACACUCCCUCUCAUAGCUGUCGUAGUAACUCUUGGAGUCCUCCUUCUAGUCGCUGCCAUGGCUACUUGCUAUCGUUAUUGGGAUUAUCGUCGUCAUCAACCUCGGAUUCCCUUCUGGAGCAUAGAGCUGCAAGAUGAGAAGUCAGAUUUGCAUUCACAUUGCCAAUACCAACAUCUGGAUGCCGCAACAAAUCGAGCGGUGAAUCUAAGUCGAGAAGAUGGAUCCAAUGGACCUGUUACAAAUGGUGAAAUCGGCCGACUCAACAGUGAUUCUAUCAGACGGACAUAUAACACUAUGAAUGUAUAAAACGUUGUCCCAAAACAUUUUAGCUAUGGACCUUGCAAAGUUUUUUUUUUUUUUUUUUUUUUAUGCCAUGUUCUGAAUUUCAUAUUUGGUACUUGCAAUUUGGUAUCAUUUUAAGUGUUAUCAUUUUAUGCUUCUACCAAUGCAUGCCACCAUCUGCCUGCAGAGACAGGCAGAAUUAGUGGAUUUUAUAUAUUCUCUUAUACAGUUCAGAUUGCAUUUAAGUGUGAUAAUUUUGAUGUAGAUUCAAAUACAAAUUGUAGAAUACUAUCAAGUCAACAAUGCCUUUGAAAUGUUUACUCUUAAAUAGCAUGUUUUGGACUUUCACUGAGUUAAAACUGUACAACUUCAUAAAACAAAAUUUAAAAUUGAGUAUUAUAUUACGACGGCCCACAUGAAACUUAUAUUAAAUUUGCUCAUAUCUGUGUUAUGAAUAGAUGAAUAGAAAAGGUGGUCCAUGGCAUAUGAUGAUUUCGGGAUGGAAAUUAAUAUCAUGAAAUAUAAUUCUGAUAAUUAUUUCACAAAACAAUGGAAUGCCCAAUGCCAUUUAUUAUCAUAGUUCUAUUCCUCUUCAGUUUUUCAUUUUUUGAAAAAAAAAAAAAAAAAAAAAAAAAAUCCACAUUGUCUAAAAUUUGUACAACACAUUUUAAGUCAAACAUGCACCACCUACCACUUCCAUUCUGUCAUGUCUACCACUACUAUAACACUUUCCUAGUCAGAGAUGCAACUUUUCAGCCAUCAUUCUUCGGAUGAUACAGCUUCAAAAGUUUGCUGUAAUAUUAUCCUGAAUUUAUCAGUAUUCUAGCCCUAUUAACGUUUACUUGAGAUUCCACACAACCUUGAGAAAAAUGUGGCAGUGUUCAGGGCCAACACUAGGUAUUUUGUCGCCUGGUACAAUUUCCCUGAGAAUUCUAAAAUCUGCUGUUGGGUGCCUCAAUAAAUUCUAAACAUUUUGCCUUCUUUAAAUUUCGAUGCUUUUCUAAAUUCUAAAAUUUUUAUCACUCAAUGUGGACACUAGUCUUAGCAGUAUUGCUAAAAUUACUUUAAAAAAUCUUGAGAUUUCAUGGAAUACACUUGAAAAAUGUACUGUUAAAAAAAUAAGAGCUGAUGAGGGAUAUGAGUUGACAGUAUAUAGGGAGACAGUAUGAAAUUAUGCUGAAGUGCCAAAUUCAGCAUAAUUUUAUUUACAGUAGUAGUUUUUUAAAAAUCAAGUCUAAAAAUUUUAGCUCCUCAAUGUUAUUUGAAUUAGGUAUUCAGUUAGGUUAUUAAUAUCUCUUUUUUAUUAAACUUGAUUUCUUCUUUCAAAUUUCCAAAUUUAGUUUCAAUAAAAUUCAGUAUACAACAUCUAUGCAACACAGCACUUAAGUAAGUAUACAACACUCUCUACAUCAGGGGCGUAGCUAGAGGGGGGCAUCUGUUCCCAGGCGCAGAAUCCAAGGAGCGCCAAACUGAUGUUACGACAUUUUAGAAUUAAAUGUUUUCCAUCCUUGGCAAGCAGUAGAGGGCGCGAAAUCUUCAGUUGUCCCCUGGCACUGAAAACCCUAGCUACGACUCUGCCCUAUAUACUGUUCCCGAGUUGACAGUAUAUAGUUAUAAUGAACGAUAGUUUAUAUCAUAUUUUUUGUAAAGUAACUAUUUUAAGUUACAUUUCAUGGCAUUGGUUUCAACCUCAAAAUCAACAGAUUCCUCUGGCCCAUAUUGCAUGAGAUUAUCUUUUAACUGAUUCCAUAUUUUGUAAAUUUAACUGUGAAUCCAGUUAAUUUGUAGUAUUACCUCACUACCAUAUGCAUAUUCAUUCUCUUAAAAUUUGUUGCUUGCCAUGUUUUGACUAAAUGUCAUAAUUUUUUUUGAUAUUAUACAGCAUUCCACUUUGACAUAGUAGUUCAUAGAUUAUGAGUAAAACUAGAAAAAGACUUCAUUAAGCAUGACAGAAUUCCCACAAAAAUUUUGCUGCUUUUGCUUUCAAAAUUUUAGUGGAUUAGCAUAUUAAGUUAUGAAUAUAUACAAUGGGUUAAUAUAGUGUUCUGGAUUUGGCUGUGCAAAUAUAUCCAAAUGGAAAAGGAUAGGAAAAGCAAAAUAAUGGAAUGGAAAAGUUCAAAACCUUUUGACAGGAAUUUUUCAGUGUGCCCUUCUUCAUCACAUAAAUUUAGACUACAUUUACACCUACAUUGUUCCUCCUAAAUGAUAACCAUGAUAACAAAUUGUUUCAAUUUAUUUAAAUCUCAAGACAAUGAGAUGAGACUGCACUCUCAUCUUCAAAGAGUUAUUCUUCAACAUGGAAUGCAAUAAAGAAUUGGUUGCAAAGUUACCAAUGGCCAGGCCAGCCAUAUCUUGCCCGAGUAAUUUCCACCACCAAACUUAUUGUUAUGCAGUUUCUUCGAUGAGGGCUACGUUAAAGAUUACGUAUUUCGACCCAUUCACGCUUUAGCACUCAGUAGACCAUGUAACAUGGACUGCAUUUAGAUUUCAUCAACUAAUGAGUUGAGAAUUCUUAAUGAGAAUAUUUAAGAUGUUGCAGAUUUUUUCCCAGUAUUAAAUUAUCCUGUUUCAUUCCAUUUAUCCAACAGUAUAUUAAAAUCCUGAACAUAAUUUUAUAACUCCUACUAAGCAACUAUUAUACUUCUUUGAAAAAUGAUAAAUUUUUUACAUGAAGAUAUUUAAUACAGCAUGUUUAAAAAGUCAGUGAAUUGAUUUAAUUCAGAAAUUCAUAGAAAAUUGAAGAUAUUACAGGAUUAUACAGUGAUAGAACAGCUUGAGAAUGGCAAUGCUAAUGCUUGAUACAAAAUAUAAAAAUAUUUACUACAGCAGCACUCCUACUCCACCCCCACCCCCGAAAAAAUUCAAAAACUAUAAUAGUUUUUAUUAUUCCAACAGUUAGUAGAAAUAUAAGAUUUCAGAAUACUUUAAAAAAUUGCACAUGCUCUGAACAGUAAAGUAUUCAGAAGUUUAUGUGAAAACAAUUGUAAAUUUUCAGUUCUGUAGGGCUGCAAAUAUCGAAACUCUCAUGAUGAUGAUACUAAAAUCAGUACUUAAAUUAUUUCUCAUGAUGCGUAUCAGUUCUUAAGCUGAACAAAAUGUCUCAUUUCUUAGUGCAUUAAGCUAAUUUUUAUGUAUUUAAAAACUAAAAAUCUAUGUUGAAAUUUUUGUCAUCAUAAUAAUGAUAAGUAUUUAUUUUUGGAUAUAUAAUAAAAUUCACAAAAAAUACUGAUGUAAAUAUUAUUUGGUGCAAAAAAUUUAAUUCUUUUAGUUCCAAUUAUUUAGUCAUACAAAACAGUUCUGAUGUAUAAAAUUUUUACAGUAAUUUCUAAAAUGCCUUCACUCUAAAAACUACAAUACUUCAAUGAUUAAAAAUAGACUGACAUAAAAAAAUUUCAAUUACUCAGUUGACUGAAAUAGCUAACAAUUCUUUAAAUUAUUACAUAUAAACCCCACUUCAUUCAGGAUUCAGUCUUCACUUUACGUAACUACAUCUUUGCAAAAAUAGUAAGAGAUUUUAGUGAGUGAGUUUAUCAUAGUUAUAGUUUUCCUAAUUAAAAUUUGCAGAUAAUAAACUCUUGCUAAAAAAAUUGAGAAAAUUUCUGAAAUUUAUGUUUGUUGUAAUUUAGUAAUAAACCAUUUGUAUAUAAUAAAUCACUUUCAUUCAGUAAAAAAAUUACAGGCAUUAAAAUGCAUGUUUUUCAUGUAGUAGUUAUCAUUUAAAAUCAAUCUUAUUUAUAUAUUUAUAUCCUACUCCAUUAGUUUCACAUUAAAUUCCAUAUAUGACAAAUUUAGAUUAGAGAAUAAUAACUGAUGGGCAUGUAGAAUUUAUAAGAAGUGUAUAGAUUACCUUCUUAUCACUGCAUCUAGUGGUAAGACAGUACAAGAAUGCACAAUGCUGCAAUGCAUUGCGUUGCACAUAAUCUUGUGAUGUGAAUAUCAAAGUCUCAAUGCUUUAUAUUACAUAUAUCAUGUUAUUAGAUUAUUUUUCUCUUCAACAACUUUUAGUACUAAAAUAUGGAAAUAUACAGAAUGAAAACUUGAAUAUAUAGAAAUAAAAAGCUUUAAAAUAUUGUUUAGAAAGAGGAGAAAAAAUUCCAAGCUUACGGACAAUUUUUUAAAUGGUUAGCGACACAUAAUUAGUUGCAUAUUGCAUUUUAUGCUAAUUCUGCAUUUAAAGCAUGAAAUUGAAAAACAAGUAGUGCGCACACAUCAGAAAAAGCUGAUGACAGUUCAUUUUAUGCAGCUAGAGUGGCAUAUUCCAUGUACUCAGUAUUCUUAUAGAAAUAUCUGCAUAAUUAUACCUCUCUCUCUUUAUUUUAACCGUAUCAGGGAUAAUGUUGCUCUGUAAAAUGAACAAAAACACUAUAAAGAAUAAUCUCAAUGACCUUUGUGAAAAUUUACUAAAUUUAUAGCACUAAAAGGUAAAUGUAUGCAAUCUCGAUAUGAUUCUAUGCAUUAAAUUUUUUCCCCCAGUUUUGAAAGGAUUUUAGAAUGUUAAAUUAGGCUGAACUUUUCCCCAAAGAAUUUAAUAAGACCUACAGAUUGGAAUUUUAGUCUUGUUGGAAAAUAAAUAAGAGCUUUUUUACAAGAUUGCCAUUAAGAAAUAAGCUUUCACUGGUGAACUUCUACCCUCAAUAAAAUGAACAAAUGCAAAUUUUACUGAAUAAAUUAUUUAUUUGCUUUCAUUUACUAAUAGUUAAGUCAUUUUUAGUAAAUUAAAAUUUUAACAAUAGUUAAAAUACUUUUACAAAAUGUAUUACCUGGAAGUAUGCCAACUCAUCUGUUCCUAUUACCUUGAGAUUAAUUUUGCCUCAAGUAUAGGUGUAAGUAUAGGUAUAGGUAUAGGUGUGAGUGUAGGAAUAGAAGAGAUAAAUAUAUGUAUAAGACAAGAAAAUAUGUUUUCCUGCUAAAAACUUAUGAAAUGGAACGUAAAAGCUUUUAUUCUAAUGUCUAUUUAUAUAUUCUGUAAUCAAUUAAACUCAAUUUUGAUCUAAAUUAGCACACUCCAUUUCUAUUUUAAAUAAUGAAACUUUCCACAACCUCUUUGUUUAAUCAGAUUUACAAUUUUCCCCUCUAGUUUUCAAUUUGUAUUGUUCAUAUAAUAGCACAGGAAUAGAGCCUAGUAGUUUAUUAAAAUGUCUUAUUUUUGAAUAAUAUGAUUUAAAGAAUGUGGGCAUAAAUUUUAAAUAUAUCUUGUUGUUUCUUUUGAUCAGUGAAAAAUAAAUUCAUCUUGUAAAGUUAUCCCACACUUGAAAAGAUCAAAAGCCAAUGUUUAUAAAUAUAAAACUCUAACUAUGCAAUCUGUGAAUGCUUAUGAUUCAAUGUAAAUCAUCUGUCCGGUGAUAAUCUAUAUAAAAAAGAUAUUUGUAAAGUAUAUAAUUGAAAAGCAGCAUGAGAUUGUGUCUUGAAAUGUGUAUGAACUGUAAAAAUUUUUAUUUAUUUUUGUAUUUAUGAAUGUUAAGUUGCGGAUUUUUGUUGUAUAUUUUGAAUGCUCAAAUGCAGUUCUAUAUUCUACAUUGUAUUUUUUUACACUUCUGAUAAAAGAAAGAUUGGAGAAUUAUGCAUAUUUUCGUGGAUUUAAACUAAUCACCUGCAAAGACAGGUAUUUUAAACAGAUUACAAAUGGUAAAGUAUUUUUAAAGAGGUUACAGUUAAAAUGUUAACAUAUUAUAAAACAUUAGGCAUGUUACAUUCCAAGAAUAUGAUUACGAAAAUGGAAUUGUAUCAAAAAAUAUUUCAUUUAUAAUUUUUGUAAUUUCAUUUUAUUUUGUGAGAUUUUAAAUUAUCUUUAUUUACGAUGCUUACAUACUGUACUGAUAAAAAAGAAACUGAACAAGGCCAAUCAAAUUUUGAAAACAAAUCUAAAUUAAAUUUGAUAGCCAUAUUCCUUUCAAAGUAGUAUUUUUUUGGAGGGGACUUGAUAUUUCAGCUUGCACUGUGACUGAAAUCUGCCUAGCAACCAUUGCAAUUUGGCUUGGAUGUCCCACGCAAAGUCAUUGUUUCAGAUCAGUAUUAUGAGCUGUGUUUAUAGCUGCAACUCUGAAAUGAAGCAACAGGCUUAAAAUUCAAGUUCUCAAAGGGCAAGUAGGCUUUAUUGAGGCAAGUAGCUUUAUUGAGAUGUUCUAAAAAUGUCUGUUACAAGGGUGCUCACCUCUGCAAGGAAUGGGUUAUGGCUGAUCCACUAAGGCAAUGCUUCAAACUAUGGGCUCCAAAGAAGCAACAUUUUCUGGCAUUAACAAAAUUUGUAGUGUUUUAUUAUUCCCAUACACACCAAACCAAGCAUUUAAAAAAACUUUUAAGAAGUAAAAAAUUGUCAGAAUUUUGGUUCCAUCGGAAACAUUCACACCAAAUUGCAAAGAACACUAAACACACUUUUAUUAAAGGAUUUCCAGAGAGCCUAUUAAUUAAAAGCACUGGAAGAAUAAGAUUUUUUUUAAAUAAGUAGAGACAAGACUUAAUAGUUUUCAAAAUGUGGCUGGCAUGGUUCAAUUUCCAUUUUUAUCAUUCUUGUAAUUAUAAAAAAGUAUAAUUUAAAAUUUAUAAUUAAAAAGUGACAUCAAAGUAAAAAUUCGUCACUUGUGAAUUAUAGCUCUUUAAUCUUGAGUUCAGGUGUUUUGAUAUUUUUUCCAUAAUUUAGCAACAAAUUAAAUUUUCCUUAAACUUUACACUAAAUUCCAAUUAUUGUGCAUUUUAUGUGAACUGCAAAUCCUGCCUAGCUAAUGAUGGAUGUCAAAGUUGUUUUUCUCUCUUUAUGACUAGGUAGGAGCUGCUUAUUGCUAUCUAAGUGUACCCUAGUCAAUGUGAGCUUUAAUUUUUUUUCCUUGUUUCCCUAUUUGAAACCACAAUGAAACACAAGUGUAUAUAUAAUAGUGCAUUGUAUUAUAUCAAAACAUGUGCGAACUUUAUUAAGAAUUACAAUGUACAAUUUUAAUGAGUUUUUGAAGCACGCUGUUGUUGUAUGAACUUUUCAACCUUUCGUUCCAGCAGACUUAGUGGUCCAAAACUUUGUAGGACUAUGUCGUGAAACUCCCGGACAUCAAAUUUUGAACCUGUGGGUGUUUCAAAAGAAAACUUUUAUUUUCAGAAAGCUUUUUCCAUAUUUAUACAUAUUUAUUGUCAAUUCAUGUUCAUAAUAAAAUGCACUGUAGAUUGUGUCUUUCAUUUCA